AUGGAGAGCUCUGUGGUCCGGGACUAUGACACCAUCACCUCCUUCCUGGGCUCCUGGGGGCCCUUCCAAAUCCGAAUCUUUCUGGCCCUGGCCGUCAGCAUCCUGCCUAACGGAUUUGUGGGGUCCUACAUUGUGUUUGUGGGGGACACGCCGCCGCACCACUGCUACAUCCCAGAGACGCACAACCUGAGUGCGGCCUGGAGGAAUGCCACGGUGCCCACGGAGACGCUGGACGGCAAGACCAGACGCAGCUCCUGCACCAGGCUCAACCUCCACAUGGUCCAGAACCUGUCGGACCAGGGCCUGGAGCCGGACCAUGUGAACCUGAGCUCUGUGCCUCUAGAGGGAUGUCGGGACGGAUGGAGCUACAGCCGGGACAUCUACAGAUCUACCAUCGUGACUCAGUGGGACCUGGUGUGUGACGACGCCUACAAGGUUCCUCUCUCCACCUCCGCCCACUUCCUCGGCGUCCUGCUGGGGGCGCUAGUGUCCGGCCAGAUCUCAGACAGGUGGGGUCGGCGUCCCGCUCUCUUCCUCAUGAUGCUACUGCAGACUGUAGCCAUCGCCGCUCACAUCUUCUCUCCAAACUGGGAGGUCUUCACUCUCGUCUACUUUUUCGUCGGAGGAGGAGGGUAUUCCAACUACACCAUUGGGUUUGUGUUGGGGUCUGAGAUCCUGAGUCCUAAAGCCCGGGUGGUGUUCUGCUCCUUGGGGGUCUUCAUGCCCUCAGCUCUGGGGUACAUGUGUCUCCCAUUAGCUGCGUACUUCCUGAGGGACUGGAGGGCUCUGAUGAUCGCCUUGAUGGCCAGCUCCCUCAUCUACGUCCCGCUCUGGUGGCUGGUGCCAGAGUCUCCCCGAUGGCUUCUCUCUCAGGGACGACUGGACGAAGCGGAGGUCAUUUUGAGAGACGCAGCCAAACGAAAUAAAGUAGAAUUUCCAACAUCUCUUUUGACCAAAGUGGAGCUCGAGGAGACAAUGGCAAAGAAAGACCUGAAAUACAACAUCUUUGACAUUUUCAGAAACCGUAACCUCCUCCUCACUACGCUGCUCGGCUGUCUGUUAUGGUUUGGUCCUCAAGGUUUGGUCCUCAAGGUUCAGAAGGCUCAGUCCUCAGGGUUCGGUCCCCAGGCUUCAGAAGUGUUAAUGCUGGCCGCGCCCCUACGCCGCGUCCUUACGCUGCGCCCCUACGCCGCGGCCCCUACGCCGCGUCCCUUAGGCCGCGCCCUCACGCCGCGUCCUUACGCCGCGUCCUUAGGCCGCGGCCCCUACGUCGCGUUCCUUAGGCUGCGCCCUCACGCCGCGUCCUUACGCCGCGGCCUUACGCCACGUCCCUUAGGCCGCGCCCCUACGCCGCGUCCUUACGCUGCGUCCUUAGGCCGCGGCCCUUACGCCGCGUCCCUUAGGCUGCGCCCUAACGCCGCGUCCUUACGCCGCGGCCUUACGCCACGUCCCUUAGACCGCGCCCCUACGCCGCGUCCUUACGCCGCGGCCCCUACGCCGCGUCCCUUAGGCCGCGCCCUCACGCCGCGUCCUUACGCCGCGGCCUUACGCCGCGUCCCUUAG